AUGGCGAGUGGAUUGAAGGACGGUGGGGAUGGCAGCACGUUGUGGCUCAUUGUGGGCGGCGUGGUGACACUGGUCAUCGCUGCUAUCGUAGCGUUUCUUCUGAACAAGAAGAAGCCGGCCGCUGUGGAGGCACCAGUGGUGCCCAAGAAGCAGCCAGCAAAGAAGAAGGAGUCCAAGAAGGCAACAACAGAUGCCAAGUCUGCCAAGACGGCCGAGCACCCGCUGCUACUCGGCCAACUGCGGGCGCACGAGGACGAAGUGAUCUCGAUGACCUUCAGCGCCUCGGGAACGGCCUUUGCCACGCUGGGAGAGGACCGCACUGUGCGCCUGUACGCCGCCAAGGAGAUGACCGCCAAGGACGUCAAGCCCCAGCGCAUCAACCUGGAGGACCACGGUGACCUCGUCGCGCUUUCGGGCGACGGCAGCCACCUCCUGCUCGUGCUUCCGCUUGCCGUGCGCAGCAUCCGCCUGUUCUCCCUGAAGAAGGGGAAGGACGGCAAGCCGCAGGCGGCCAAGGUCAGGGACAUUGCCACCAAGCACAAGUCCGAGAUGAAGUCCAUCUGCGUGGCCAACAACAACAAGUACUUCCUGACCUGCUCCGAGUCGGACACGCUGGUAUCGCUCUUCAACAUGCAGGGAGAGGAAUUGACGACUGUGGACACCAAGAAGAUCAAGAACAACAUGGCGAGCAUCUCGCCCGACUCGCGCUUCUUCACUGUGGGCACGUUCACGGGCGACGUCAAGGUGGCACGAUGUUUCGUGCUGACAUCGGCCGCCGCACGUCAGAUCUACGAAGUUGCGACGCAGAAGGGGAGCGACUCCUGGGCCUUCAAAGGCGUGGUGCAGGCGAUGAACUUGGUCAACGGUCACUCGAGCUCGGUGAACGACCUCAGCUUCGCAAGUGAUACCAAGAAGCUUGCCACCUGCUCCAAGGACGGCACCUGGAAGAUGUGGAACAUUGACGUGCGAUAUGCGCAGAAGGAGGACCCGAAGGUGCUCUACAGCGUGAAGGUGGGCAAGCCCGUUGAGCACAUCGCGCUCUCCCCCGACGGUAGCGUGGUGGUCAUCUCCUACGAGGGCCAGCUCCAUUUCUACGCUGCCGCCGACGGCAGCCCCAUCGACUCCGUGCCUCGUGCCCACUAUGCUGGUGAGCGGAUCAGGUCGCUGCUGUGGAGCCCCGACUCCAAGUUCGUGGCAUCGUCCGCCGUAAAGGACCGCGCUGUUCGCCUGUGGAAGAACCCGCUCAAGGCCUGA